UUAUUAUUUAAAUAAUGUAUACGUGUAAUAUGGGUUUUUCAUAUAAAGAAUAUUCGCAAACCGGUUGAAUAAAAUGUUUUAUUAUAUAUCAUAAUAGAGUAUUUGCUAUAUAAAUAUAAUGGACAAUUUAAAAGCGCCGUCUUUGCCAUCCCUUUUGGAUUCGGAUAGAGGCUCUUGUGAUAGCCUCAUAGACUCAUCACAAUUUGAUUUUGAAGAACUUGAUGAUGCUGAAUAUUCAUUGCCACCAAUAGACAUCUUGCCGAGUCUUGAAAGUGUUCUAAGUGAACUAAACUGUGAAGAAAAUGAUAGUGUUGCAAAUACGAGAGUAAAUUCUUCAGUCAACUCUAUAGAUUUUCAACAAAAUUUUAAUCAACAUGAGAUUUCAGUUAGUUCUGGUUAUAACACCGGCUCAGUUUUGCGUCAUGUUUUUUUUCAUGGCAUUAGUUCCCAGAUUCAAUCGGCUAGUGAGCGCAUAAAAGCUGGCUUGGCUUCUGUAAUAUCAGUUCAUGAAAUGAUUGCUGUAGGGACUACUCAUGGCCAUGUUUUAUGUUUUGAUGCUGCUCAAACAUUACGAUGGUGUUGCACUGAUCAUUUAUCACAUGGUGCUGUAUCUGCACUUGCAUUUAAUAAUGAAUGCUCCAGGCUUCUUGUUGGAUAUGCACGAGGGCAUACAGUUAUGCUGAAUAUCUCUACUGGUGACACAUUACGUUCAGUUGCUGAAUGCCAUACACCAAAUUCAGCUGUUUUGGCUUUGCGUUGGAUAUCAUCUGCCAAAGCUUUAUGCUUGGAUUCGGGUGGAUCUGUAUGGUCCUUAAGUUUUACUAGAAGACUUGGAGUUAGAGGUUGUGAAAGUAAAUGUCUUUUUAGUGGAGCUAGAGGAGAGGUGUGUACUCUGGAGCCUUUAUUAUUAGAAGAAGAGCACUCGUUGAGAUCUUACAAUAUAACUGCUUUUGCAACAAUGUCAAAAAUUAUUAUAGUCACACUAAAACCACGUUUGCGCGUUAUUUGGACACAACCACUUCCAGGCAAUCCUCAAUAUCUUCCAUUGCUUGCUUGGCAACUUGUAGUCAUUCAGUCUAUUGAUUCUAAGAAUAGAGAUCCUGUACUUGCCUAUGCAAGAGGAACAGAACUGUUUUUCAACCAGAUAUCUGUUAACUCAGGUCGUUUGCGUUGCACUAUGCUAACUCGAGUAGCAUUGUCAUGUGCAUUAUUAGCACUACACUGGUUAGGCCCAAAAUCAAUUGCAUGUAUAGAUGCAAGAGAAACUUUACGACUCUUGGAUGUGCGUAAUACUACUGAACAGGAAACUAUUGAAUUAGGAAAUAUUGGGCUAGUUUACGGCUCUGCUUUUUAUAAGGGUCUAGCCACAGGCGGAAAUGUUUCACCAGCUUUGGCUUUGGCUGGUACUCAUGCAUGUUAUAAUUCUAUGGCUUCAAAAGGAUCUCAAUUACUUAUUUUGGGUCAUAAAGGGGUGCAUGGGAUAACAGUGAGGUCCUGGACAGAACGUUUGUCAUACCUAACAAAUACAGAUAGAUGGUCUGAAGCAUUUGCUUUGAUAGUAGAAGGAUAUCUAGCAGCUUGCGAUAGACCAAGAAGACAAGAAAUGAUUAAGGAUAAAGCUACACAACUAAUUCAAGAUUAUUUAUCAAAAACCCAAACUUCACCAGAUAUUGCAUUGGUGGAUAUGUUCAAAUGUUGCAUGGAGUUGAAAGAAGAAUCAUAUUUGUGGGGUGAUUUAUGGAACAGAUGUGAGGAAUCUCCACAGUCAUUUAUAGAAGCAAUGGUUCCUUACAUUUUAGAUGGAAUGUUAAAUUAUGUUGCUCCUUAUGUUACACAAGCAUUGGUAGAUUACUUUUGUGAAAAAAAUAUUACAAUGCUUCAAAAUAUUAUUUUAAAAUUGGAUGUUACUUGUCUAGAUUUGCACCAGGUUUUAGGUAUAUGUAGAAAGCAUCAAUUAUUCUCUGCAUUUAUUUAUGUAACAACUCAGGCAUUGCAAGAUUACACAUUGCCGAUAACUGAAUUAAUUCCUAUUCUUAAUAAUUUCUGUGAUAAUUGUGAUCAUGUACAAAAAACAUUACAACCUCAAAGUAUUAGCAAUACCACAAAUUUAUCACAUGCAGAUACAGUUUGUGAUACACACGAUGAAAGUGCAAUAAAUAGUUUUUAUAAUAAUGAAUGCCAAAAUUGCGCAAAGACUAGAGAAUUAGGUGAUAUUUUGCUAGUGUAUAUAUCUGCUUGUCUAAUGGGUAAAAAGUUUCCUUAUGGUGAUUUAAAUGAAACUGAAGGGGAUAGAGUGAAGAAGGAGGUAUUAAAUAUUCUAAUAGCAACACAUUCAUCAGCUUCUUUAAAUGGUGAAUUGCCCUAUCCUUACUUGAGAUCGUUAUUACAAUAUAAUCCAAGAGAAGCAUUAAAUAUAAUUAGCAUGGCUUUUCAAGAACCACAUUUUCAUGGGGAUCUUGGUCAAGCACAACGCUUACGAGUUAUAAAGGUUUUAGCUGAUAUAAUGGAUCCAGUUGAUAAUAAUAAUGAAGCAAUUGGAUGUCUUUUAAAUUUCAUGGCAUUACAAAUAUGUAAUCGAGUCAUUCCUUCAAAUGGUAAUCUCUUUCAAAAGGUAAUUGAUUACAUCAUGUCUCCAUUAACCAGCUUAAUGUCACAUAGACAAGAUUUGGAAAGACAACAGAUGUGGAUAGAACUGAGAAAUUUUGGAUUCUUGACACAUAUUCCUCUUUCAAAACAAAUUGAAAUUGCACGGCAGGCCCAUUGUUAUCGUGUCUUAGAGCAUUUGCUAGAAGUUGAUGAAAGUUAUAGUGAUAUAUUACGUUGCUAUUUGGAUGAUAAGCAGAGACAGAAACAGGCAUUUCAAUAUAUUGAAAAAUAUGCUAAAGAACCAGAAAGAGAUGUUUUUAAACAAAUAGAGUUUAACAUUGAGCGUUUGUUAGCAUUAAAUAGUGAACUAACUGCCAAAAUAGUUGCAGAAUUUUUCAUAGACUCUGUAGAUAGUUUAACUGAUAAAAUACUAAACGAAGAUCAUAAGUAUUUAUUUUUAAAAGGGUUACUGAUGUGCAAUGUCCAACUAAGUUCAGAAAAGUCUGAAUUAUAUUUAGACAUAUUAUGUAAAAAAAAUGAUAGUUCUGUAAUAGAGUAUUUGAAAAGUUCUGUGAAUAUUCGUGAUGAUAUUGCCAUUGAUAUUGUUAAAAGGCAUGGUGAUAGUUAUGCUUUAGUACAUUUAUUAGAGAAACGAGGUGAUUAUAUUUCAGCAUUUAAUAUACUAUUUGACUUAUUUAACAAAGCUGUAUCCAAUGAUGAAAAUGUUGAACAGUUAGCUGAUGAUAUCUCAAACCUAUGUACUAGAAGUGCAAACAUUCUAUCUCAGUCCAAGCAAGAAAGUUUGUGGUUCCCGUUUCUAGAAUUAGCUUUAAGUAAUAAAAGUCUUAGAGGAAUCACUAGAGAAUUAUUACACUUAGCUAGUGCUCAUGUACGACUUUCCGCACUGGUACAUCUCAUUGUGAAGUCGGAAGUGGGUGGUAAAUUUGGUGAUAUAAAACAAAUUCUGGCAGGAAUGUUGAUAAACUCUAGGUAUGAGACUGUUUUAUUAGAAACUACAUCAAGUAUAUUGAAUAGUGAUCUACAUCACAUUCUUGCAAAGGAUUUAUUUAAAUCUCAUCAUGCAUUAUCUGUUCGAUCAUGUGUUUGUUUUAUAUGUAAUAAAAAUUUAUGUGCAGAAGUGGAAACUAUGGUUUAUGGCUGUGGACAUUGUUUUCAUGUGAAAUGUAAAAGUUCAGAUAUCUGUGCAGCGUGUGGUUUUAAAUAUUCUGUGACUAGUGAAAUACAAAAUUAUAGUUAUAAGAAGAAUUACUGUGUAGAUGAAUUUGAUUCUCUAAAAUUGUCAACUACUUAUAGACCUGACCUAGAAGGUCUUUUCUAAUAAAUUGUA